CCAGACCCUGGCUCAAGCAAUUCGCGAGGGACCGCACAAGCGCGCGCCUCUCACAGGGCUCCCGAGCACCGCUCCCAUUUCGGGCCGUGGGCCGUCAACCGAGCAGCCAUGCCGAUCGCGUCCAUGGCCGACAUUCGCAAGGAGGAGGAGGAGGACAAGAAGGCUACACAGAGCUACGCAGGCGGUCCGGAACGUGGGAGUGGCAUGGCGGUCCAGAACCCGGGCGACGAGGACGCGUGGAAGAAGAUGCAGCAGCUUGCGAGCGCGGGCGCCGGCAGCUCGGGCCCGCUGCCCGAGAACCACGUGGUCGUGACCGUGUACCGCGACGGCUUCACGGUUGGCGACGGUCCCUUCCGCCCGUUGUCGGACCCGUUGAACAAGAAGUUUCUGGACGACAUGGCGCAGGGCAGGAGCCCUGAGGAACUGCAGGGGAGCAGCCAAGAGCCGGUGCACGUGGCGGUGCACGACAAGCGUGGGGAGGACUACAAGGGGCCGCCCGCUCCCGCGCGCGUGAACUUCUCUGGGGAGGGGAACACGCUCGGCGGGUCUUCGUCGUCGGCGGCGGCGCCCACCGUAGUGGCUGGCCAGGGCAGCGUCCAGGUCGACGAUUCCAAGCCGAAGACGAAGAUCCAGAUCCGCUUCCACGACGGGCAGAAGAAGGCGCAGGAGUUCAACCAGGAGCAGACUGUUGGGGACUUGCGGCGCUUCUGCGAGCAGUGCGUGGGUGGCCAGGCGAUGGCCAUCAAGGGAGGUUUCCCACCGAAGCCCAUCACGGACGACAGCAUGACCCUCAAGGAUGCUGGGCUGUGUGGUGCGGCGGUCACCGUCAUGCCAGCCUAG